CCCUUCUCUGUCUUUCCAUUUUUCAAGGCUCUAGCAAUGAUCAACCAGAUCCUAGUUGAGUGGUUUGUUGUGGGCUGGAAGGGAAUCGAAUAUGAAGUGAUUAGAUAUGCAGCAGAUAAUUGUGUCACAGUCUGUAACAUGGAGAAUAUGGAUGCAAUGGGUGUUCACACAGGGUCUGGAGGCUGGAAUCCUUAUUGAUGAGAUCCAUACGCUUACCUCUAUUGAUAAAGGGUUUCUGUAAAAAAUCCAGGGCAUGUUGAACAUGGAAAAGACAUUAAGAUCUACCAGGAGAUUGACACUUUGGCUGCUGAGUACCCUGCAAUUUCAAUCUACCCCACAUACAACAGGAGCACGAUAUAAAGUUUGAUGAUCAAGGAAUGAUGGUUCUUGGCUGUGGCCCAUAUCAUAUAGUGGUUCAGCAAUGUCAUGCAUAGAGAGGAUGAAUUGAAGAACUCUGUAGCUGAAGCCACACGUGUUUCCCAGGUCACAUUCCACGCUGUUUCAGAACAUGUAGAAGAUGCUGGUAUUCACUCUGGGGAUGCUACUCUCAUGAUUCCCACACAGACCAUUAGCCAAGGGGCACUAGAAAAGGUGAAAAUUGCUACCAAGAGAAUUGCAGAUGCAUUCAUUAUAUCUGGACCAUACAAUGUGCAGUUCUUUAUAAGAGGAAAUGAUGUACUGGUGGCCUGCUUUGGUGAGAAUAUAUACUCUGCUUUCGUUAAGGCCAUGAUUUCAACUGGUUUCAAGUUGCCUCAGAAGGGAAUACUUAUUGGAAUCCAGGAUAGCGCUCAUUGCAUCCCCACAUCCUUGGCACCUCAAAGAAGAGGGAUUUAAGCUGUAUGCCACAGAAGCCAUUGCAGAUGAUGUACCAGCCACACAUGUUGCUUGGCCAACCCAAGAAGAGAAGAGUAGCAGUUGUCUUUCAAUCUACAAGUUGAUCAAAGAAGGCAACAUUG